CUUAAAAUGAUAUCGAAACAGCACUUUUCUAUAAUAUAAAUUAUGACAUGAGUGAUUGCCGCAGUAAUCAAAAGAAAAAUGGGAUCCGAAUAUCUUCCGAAAUUCUUCCGAUGGUUGCGUAAUACAACAUGGCGGUUGAAAAUGGUAGUGGAGAGACAAGGACGUGGAAGUCAACGUUGUUUGCACAUGACGACGUGGAUAUUUUUAGAGAUACACCUAUUAGAUAUCUAGGUUAUGCUAAUGAGGUAGGGGAAGCAUUCAAAUCACAUGUCCCCAGGACUCUUUACUAUGGAAGCUAUCUAUUGGCCUCGUCAUAUUGCCUAGCAGACUCAGUGUCAAAAGGAAAGCAUAUUUAUGAGGAAAAGACAUAUCUCCCAGUAAGUUUACGAAGACGCUACACUGUUGAGACCAUAGCAGAGGCUGCAGUUUGGCAAGGACUGGCAUCUGUCAUCAUUCCUGGCUUUACCAUCAAUAGGAUUUGCCUGGCUUCAGGAUAUGUGCUUUGUCGUGUUGGCAGAAAUAUACCACUAAGGGCACAGACCUGGAUAACAACAGUCAUUGGCCUUAGUAUGAUUCCAGUCAUAAUAAAACCCAUUGACAGGGGUGUAGACCAAGUUAUGGAACUCACUUUGAAUAAGCUGCGGAAAGUUGGUAUUGUUCAUAAACCUUAGUUACUUAAAUUACAAUUGGUUGCAUUUUGUAUUGUAAAAUACAAAGAUUUUAUAAAAAAAAUUGAACUCUUGGAAACAUAUAUUUUAGGGCAUGAGGGUUUUCUAUCAAUUCUUGUUUAUAAUAUUCUUUGUAAAUGUAUUUUUAUUGAGAUAUUUAUAUAUAUUUAUGCUUUUUAAGAAAAAGAAGAUUUGCCUGUCGCAAAUGUUUGUAAGAAAAAAAGAAGAAUUAUAAAAUAAAAAUGUUAUUACUUUUUAUGAAAA